AUGGAUACUUUGUUAGAUGAAGACGAGGAUAUCCACAAUAUUGUGCGAACCUGUGCUGUUCUGUUUGAUCAAAUUCUGCCCGUUUUGUUCGAAAGACCAGGAAACCAAUAUCAGCUUAUCCUCAAUCAUCAACAACACUUCCAAGCAUGGAUGGAUCGUGCCGACGUGUUGGACCAGCUGUCCACUGGACAAGCAAUAGAGUUACGAUUGCAAACAAAGCCAGUCAUCCUUCAUCUCAUUCGUGAUCUUCUCAACAUGAUUAGAGAUAAUCUGACAAGAGUGCUUCAACUGGAAUCGCCUACCCAACCCCCACCGACGGCAGGAGUUGGCUCGUGGAUAAGGAACACUGUCAAAGUGUUUGGUUUCUCGAUAUCUGCCAGCAGAAGAGGAAUAGACCCCAAUGAGCUGUCACCAGCAAGUCAAGCCUGUCUGCACGGGGUGCAAGGCUGUAUUGAGAGACUUCAGGAUCUGCUCGCCUCCAUUCCUGACAAAACGGGCAUAUUACAGGAUGACCAUGGCGAUUUAGAACAGAACCUGGAAGACGGGUUUCUGACUAAUGAAGAAAAUGGCUCCCGGAAACUCGUGGUUCGAGGCAAAAUCAAAAGCAGGUGUCCAAACAUUACAAGCUCUAUACUAAGAGUAGUCGAAGCAUCAAUAGAGGCUAGGCGAGAGCGACUCAAAGACCUCACUGGAGAAGUUGAUAGUGAUAUUAUCCGGCCAUAUAUCUGCCUGAUGGAUGGAUGCGAUGAUCUGGAUUCUCCCUUUUCGAGAUACGACAACUGGAAGCAACACAUGGGGGUUAAACAUUCCUCCCGAUGGACCCAAGAUCUCGGUAACAGCACCGUGUGGUUCUGCGAUAUCAACCACGACGAGGAUCAAAUCUUCAAAAAUACUUUGGAGCUGGAAAAUCACGUUAAAACUAUACACGAUAUCCCUUCUCUCAAAGUCGCUUCAAUGGCCGAGCAUAAUACGCUCACCUUACCUGGCAACAUCAAUCAUUGCCCUCUUUGCGGUGGCUCUGAAACCGAUAUGGAGCAUCACAUCGCAGAUCAUUUAGUAAAUAUUGCGUCGUUGUCUUUCGAAAAUCGGCAUUCUGCACAUGAUUUUGAACUUCAAAGCUCAACGAACGCAUCCAAUGUCGCAGAGUCGAAUAAUGAGCAGGAGUGGACUCAGUCCCCACCCGUCUUGGACUCAUCCGAGUCUGAAUCACCCUUGUCGUUAGAGAAGUUGAGGCGGUUGAUAAGAAAAGGCUUUGUCUCAAGCGAACUGGAUGCUAAGCUAUUUCUCCCCCCUGGAACACGCAAACAGAUCACUGAAAGUCUGCGUAUUAGAGACUUGGAAUCUCUUGGCCCUUGCCGAGAAGAUCCCCAUAACAUAUUACAGUUUGUUCAGCGAGAUGCUCAAGUCUUGUUUUCGAUUUUGGCUUUCAUGGGUCACGAAGUAAUCGGCUGUCUGGAAGCUAUGUAUAGAUACGACAUGACUGACAAGCUUCUCCCAAUUCCAAUUGAAAUGAUCGAUCACUGUGACGAGGAUGACUCGGAUCACGAAUGUUGGCACGCGCCACCUCUUGGUGUCUUCCACGAGGAGCCAUGGAGCCUGUUCACAAUCGAAACAUUUUAUGAGACACAGUGGAAGUUCCUAGCACCUAUUUUUACACCCGACCGUUCCGACUACCAUCUUCAAGCGGACAGUAUCUUGCCUAUUACCCACGUAAAGGGCGUCAGCCAUUCUAACUUUAGCCUCGUUCAGGAGGUUGAGAUACAUCCAGAUAAUCUACUUCAUUUUGAACAGGGACUUGGGUCAAGUAAUCGAGUUGCUCUAAAAAAAGUGCAAGGCCUACACGAUCCAGAGCUUCCUUACAAUCCAGCAGAUGAAAUUAAGGCCCAGAAGAUGAUGAAUGCUAUGCAUCACGCCCAUAUACAAUCAGCCAUGGCAUUCGUUCAACGAAGAAAUGAUCACUUCAUUUUAUACCCAUGGGCAGAUGGGGGCAAUUUGCGAGCCUAUUGGGUACAAAAUGAUAUUUGGCCCCUUUCAGAACAACUGAUCAAAGAAGUUUUGGAACAGCUUCUCGGUCUGUGUGAUGGCCUUUGGAAUAUGCAUAAGAUGAACAUCAGACAUGGAGACCUCAAGCCUGAAAACAUAUUAGGAUUUACCAAAGAUGGGCGACUUGUCGGGACUCUAAAGUUAGCUGACAUGGGACUUGCAAAGUCUCACGAGGAACAUACACAGGAAAGGCACCACUCAACCGAUACAAAAUGGGGGACCAUCCGGUACGAGCCACCUGAGAUUAUCACUGCCAAGAAUAUGCCAGUGUCUCGACGUUAUGACGUUUGGUCCAUGGGUUGCAUCAUACUGGAGUUUUUGGUGUGGAUUCAUUACGGACCCGAUGGGCUGAGGCAGUUCAACAAAGCGCUUGCUGCCAAAGAUGGAGGCUCAGCUGCCUAUUAUGCCAUUGAAACCCGUCUUGGAUCAACCACGGCAGUUCUUCAUGAGUGUGUGGAGAAUUGUAUAAGUCAUCUACUCGAAGAUGCACAAGGGCAGGACUCUGCCUUGGGAGACUUGAUACACUUGGUAAAAUCAAAGCUCCUAGUUAUUGCCCUGUCUCCCAAUGGCAGCAGCGAGAGCUCAAUUCCGUGUAGAGCGGACAGCAUGGAAGUAAGACAGGAACUAAUAUCCAUCUUGUCGAAAUAUGAGGAUGAGCCGAGUUAUCGACUGCCGAGCUACGUUAGUAAACUGGAUGAGCGUCCUGGGCUCCCAAGCUUGCUGACAACUGAUUAUUUCGGUAUGGAACGUAACGCUAAGGAUGUUGUGGAUAACUCUGGGCUAUUCAAUCCAAUUGAAGAAUAUAGAUUUCCAGAAAAUCUUUCAAAGGGAUAUUUUUACCCAGUGGAUAACGAGUUUGCCAUAAAGAUUCUCAAGGGGAUGGAUGGGAAGAUAGGUGACUCGCAGACGAAGCAUGUGCCUCAACUAUGCAACAUCUGCAAAUCCCUCAAGUUGGAUACGCCAGACUUUUCAGCGAACUACUCCGUUGCCUAUCUUUUAAGCAAGACAGAGUGUGAACUGUGCCAACUGUUCUACAAUGUGACAGUGUCCGCAGGACUAGCAAAUCGCCGUACCGUUCAGUUUCUGCGAGAUGGUUCAACAAUGAAACUGAUGAAGGGGGGGCCGCCCGUUUUGUCUCUUGUUGCGCAUUUAGAGUACGACCCUUACGAUGUACAACACGGUUUCCCAAUGAUCGAGCGGUUUCCUGGUCCUGUCUCAUUUGAGGUUAUGAAACAAUGGCUAUAUUGCUGUGAUUCUUCUCAUCAAUGUCUGAUACCUGCGGAAAUUAAACCUAAGAACAUUCCGGCGCUACUUCUUGAUGUCGGUGGUGAUCUGGACUCAUCAACUCAAAUCUGCGCAGCGUACAAUAACACUGAUGGAAAAUAUGCUGCACUAUCAUAUGCUUCAGAGUUCGAUUUCAAUUCUGAUUUGAGCAACAACGCCGAUGGGACAGAACUAGAGCUCGAAAAAAUGCCAGCAACUUGCCAAGAUGCCGUUCGCAUCACCCGAAACUUGGGGAUUCGGUAUUUGUGGAUCGAGAGGUAUUGCAUUCGCACAAGGGAUGGAGCGCAUGCUACCCCUCGCUGGGUCUUUGAAAUGGGGGAUGUCUUUAGCAAUGCAUAUGUUGUCUUGGUUGCGAGUUCGGCCAAAACUGCAGACGAGGGUCUCUUGACUCCACGGACAGUCAGGCGGGCUGUGACGUUGGCGCUCCCUGAGGGGGGUGCAAUCUCAGUAUGCCCAUUUAUCGACGACUUUGACAAGGACGUUGAGAAUUCAUUCCUUAGUUCCAGAGCUUGGGCUUUCCAACAGAAGAUCUUGGCUCGACGAUCAAUAUUCUUCACUUCAACUCAGAUAUAUUGGCAAUGCCACCGAGACACUCGCGCAGAGACACUCACGAAAAUAGAUUGUCCAACAUCGGAUAUCAACCGUGAAAGGAUUUUCCCUUGGUCCUACCCAGGAUCAAGACUUAAACAAAUUCCUCUCCAUCAAGUUUACCAGCCAAUAUACGAGCGUUAUUCUCGACUCAAGUUCAAGCUUGAGACUGACAGGGCCCUUGCAUUUCAAAGUCUUGAAUUUAGAAUUUCUGAGAUUCUAAAUGUAGAUGGGGAAGUCGGCCUGUUUUUUAGCCCGACUGGGCUCUGUCGAAGCCUUUUAUGGCGUCGUGAUAUUACAGAAGCGUCUCUGACGCGAAUAGAUUACCAACAUUUCCGAAGACCGCCUCCAAGUUGGUCUUGGACAGCUUACAAAGGCCCCAUUGGCUAUUUUGAUCUCCCCCUUGGGGGAAUUGACUGGGGCGACGUUCAGCAUCUUCCUACAAAACGGACACUAACUGCCGAGGCAUAUCAUUACGAUGCAUCCCAGCUUUCCGGCAUUUUUUAUGACUGUAUAGAGAACGAACAAAGGAAGUAUCAAAAAUGUGUCGUGGUUGGGAGAACAAAGAACGGUGAAAAAAUGGGAAAUAAGCCUGCUUACUAUCUGCUGAUUAUUGGACCAAAAGGGCCUAGGGAAGAUGGAGAUGAUGCUUGGGAAAGACUGGGGGUUGCGUAUUCGGAACAUGAAGGUCUUCUUUCUAACAAAGAGCCGGAACAAGUACAUAUCUUUUAG